AUGAAUAAACUUGUUGAUGCCCACUGUCAUGUUAUAACCGACCCAGACAACACAUUCUGCGGUGAUGAUGGAGGGUCCCAGGGUACGUUGCGUUGCGUUAUGUCAUCAAACCCAUAUGACUGGAACAAUUUGAAAAAAUUGGCUGGCAGAAGCACAAGUAAAAACGAUAUAUGCGUGGGAUUUGGUGUGCAUCCUUGGUACAGCCACUUAUUUUAUGUGGGAAGUCGGCGCGACAAGGUUUCUCACUAUCAAGAUGUACUGGAGUAUAAGAAUGAAGAACAGUUCGACAGUUUGGUUCAGGUGCUUCCCGAACCUCUAGAUCUUGAAGAGUAUAUAAAAAGAGAGUUUAACGACACUUUGGUUAGUGUGAUUGGAGAAAUCGGUCUUGAUAAGCUCUUCAGACUUCCUGCAAAUGGUUUCUACAUGCAGAACGAGAAGGCAAGGCUUACGACAGUGAAGGUCAAACUAUCGCAUCAAGAAACAGUAUUCAGGCGAUUUUGCCGACUGGCAAGGCACACAAGCAAGCCCAUCUCUAUACACGAUGUAAAGUGCCACGGGAAACUAAACGAUAUCUGCAAUGAAGAGCUCUUGACGUAUCACUCUGUCAAGAUAUGUUUACAUUCGUACACAGGCUCCAAGGAAACGCUUCUGGGCCAAUGGCUCAAGAAGUUUCCCCCGGAUCGUAUUUUUGUGAGCCUAUCCAAAUGGAUUAAUUUUAAGGACCCAGAAGAGGGAGAUGCCCUGGUCAGGAGCUUGCCCUCAACUUGCAUACUUACUGAAACCGACUAUCCUAUUGACAAUCCAGAUCCGUCAUACCAAAAGGCCCUUACAGAGCAGCUGCAGUAUUUGAAUGCACAAAUCGCACGAGCAUGGGACGAGACACUGGAUGCCUCACAAGCCGCUUUGCGUGUAUACGAAAACUUUCAGAAAUUUAUCAAGUGA